AUGGCUCUUUCUCAACCUUCGCCUUCACCUUCACCCUCUCACCCCCAUCUGCCUCAAGUAUCCGUCGAUCGCCUAGAUCACCACCUCUCCCUCCAGACUGUAUCGCCUGCUCCUGCUCUCCAGGACAACACUAUCGUUCAAUCCUCCCCAGUCCUUGCGGACGCUUCCUCUCCCGGCGGCACCCUCAACGACCUCUCCAAUCGCCAGAUCAACAAUUUGAGGCACCAUCAGUCCACACUUUCUACCAGCUCGUCGAAACAAAAUCGAGGCACCCUUUUCACAUUGGCUGCAUUGGCCCGCGACAAAACAACAAACGCAAUUGCCAGCCUGUCUGAACCUACGGUACGUUCGCGGCCGUCGAGUGGCAGUUUGUACCGCACCGCCCAGAGCUCCCCCACUGCUGCUUUGAACAAUAGCAGCAGCCUUCCCAGAUCGGCAGACUCGCACACGAGUAUUCAGGGUAAUACUAGCCCCCACCAUAGCAGCAAUACCUCGUCGUCCACCCAUACGAGAUCGGGAACCAGAUACUCGUCAGCUGCUCGCCAGUCACUGCUUGAGACGGACCCUCCUUCUCAGGCGUAUUCGAAUACUGCCGCCGACACGCCUGCCCCCAUACAGUUACCCCGAUCUGAAAACGCCAACAAGAUGCAUCAAACAUCUUCGCGCUUAUUGCGCAUGACCAGCGAUGACAGACCCUUUACAAGAGAUUUCAAGGAUCUAUUUGCAACGUUGGUUGUGAGCUUACCUUUAGCACCCCACCGUGUCCGAUUGAGUCGGGUCGACCAUUCAUUCUUGUCAGAGGAAGCCAUAAACAACCUAGGAUCACUCAAGUUCUCCCAAUCAAACCGAAUGCCAGAUCCAAAAGACCCCUCGCGGAUAGUAACCACCACGACGACAACCACGUUCUCGAUGGCGCGGGAAAUGGCUCGAUCCGUAUGCCAGCGGUUCUUAGAUGCAAGAUUCGUCGAAUCUGCGGACGGGAAGCAGGCUAAGGAGUUCACUAUGAAGGGCUCCGUCUGGCAGCUGACCCCGAAGGGCAUUCACGUCUUAGAGAGAUUUUGUGCGAAGAACGGCAUUCAGCAGAAGCAUGUCACUGAACUCGUCAACUCUCCUAGGAAUACAAUGCAGCUAGUGAUUCUUGAACGAGACUCUGCUACAGAUAAGCUGUCUUCUGACCGUAGUACCAUCGAGGUCAUUUUCCGCCGAUUCAUUGGCCAAAACGGCCCUAACAUCAAAAAUAGCACCAGCUCUGCCGAUUCUGAUUCACUUAGUGAAUACAAGGACGGAAUAGCCGGUGUUAGAAUGGCUAACGAACGCAAGAUUGGCUCUCCGCCUCGUGCUGUGUACCAAACCUUCACCGGCAAAGCCGCCACGGAUUGGUUGAUGGAUUGUUGUACAACAGUCGAUCGAAGAGAGACAAGCGAGAUCGCAGGCUUAUUUCUGGAGCACGAAUUGAUCUGGUGUGUGCAGCAGGACAGGACUUACCUCGCCCAGUUCUCGCAACAGGACAAGGAAAAAGCAGUUAUCUUUCAGCCCACGAAGAACGGUAUCUACCAGAUGACACAGAAGGGCAAGGAUGUCGUGAACAUGGUCAACAAGGAGCGAACAUCCGAGAGCGAAGGCUCAAGUGUCAUUGCACGAGCCGGUGUUUCUCGAGACUCGAAUACCCAGAAGCUGGACAAGAUCUUGAAUGAUGCCGCUCUUCGAUUGCUCUUCCGAGAAAAUUUGCGAGACACACAUUGCGAGGAGAAUCUGUCCUUCUAUCUGGAUGUCGAUGAAUUUCUCAAGUCGUGCAAGAUCGCAAUCAAAGCUAACUCGCCGUCGAGGAGUGGAAAGAGUUCCAGUAGCGGGAGCCUCGAUUCUGUGAAAGAGACCAUGGCUUCUGCGUAUGGCAUCUACAACGCGUUUCUCGCCCCGGGCUCACCUUGCGAACUCAACAUCGACCAUCUUUUGCGAAAUCAGCUUGCGACAAGAAUGACUAAGGCCGUCGGGCAGGAUGGUGCGAUGAUCGACAGCCUGAAGGAAGUCACCAAGCUUUUCGAGGAGGCCCAAAUCUCCGUUUUCAAGCUCAUGGCGAGUGACUCUGUUCCCAAGUUCAUGAAGAGUUCCAAAUAUGAACAGACACUCAAGAACUACGAUUUCGAUUCCAUCGCUCCUCGCUACAACAACGUCAACCUCCCCGAACGCAGCAUGAGCCGAUCCAACCGAUGA